AUGGCUAAUUUCACUACAAUGAGUGGAUUUAUUCUCAUGGGUUUUUCUGGCAAGCCUGAAAUAGAAAUACUAUUUGCUACUCUUUUUUUAGUCUUAUACAUAGUGGCUCUAGUUGGCAAUAUUCUCAUUAUUACCACCACUUCCAUGGACCACAGUCUCUCCUCACCUAUGUAUUUCUUCUUGAAACAUCUCUCCUUUCUGGAUCUGUGCUACAUUUCUGUKACAGUCCCAAGGUCCAUUUGYAACUCUUUCAUGCAUAAUGGCUAUAUUUCCCUCUGGGAAUGCAUACUGCAGUGUUUUGCAUUCACUCUCUGUGGCUGUGCUGAGAUGGCAUUACUCACAGUGAUGUCUUAUGACCGCUAUGUGGCCAUUUGCCUUCCACUGCGCUAUGAAGUCAUCAUGGAUAUCAGUACCUGUGCUCAUGGACUGUUAGCCAUCUGGGUCAGUGGAAUCCUUGCUGGAGUCAUGCACACAGCCGCUACGUUUUCCAUCCACUUCUGUGGUGCCAACAUCAUUCAUCAAUUCUUCUGUGAUGUCCCCCAGCUUCUGAAACUCUCUUGUUCUAAUGAAUAUGUGGGUGAGCUUGGGGUUAGUGGCUUCUUGUCCUUGGUGGCAUUUGUUUGCUUCAUCUCUAUUGGAGUCACCUACAUGCAUAUAUUCUCUACUGUGCUGAGGAUACCAUCUGCUGAGGGUAGAGCCAGAGCCUUUUCUACCUGCCUGCCCCACCUAUCUGUUGUCAUAUUAUUCAUCUCUACUAGUGUUUUUGAUUUUCUAAAGCCACAUUCAGAGUCUCCAACUGUGUCAGACUUUUUACUCACUGUUUUUUAUACUGUUCUGCCCCCAACACUCAAUCCAAUAAUCUAUAGCCUGAGAAAUAAGGCUAUGAAGACAGCUCUAAAAAAGUUGUUAUUUUCCACACAAUUUAGAUCUAUAAUCCAUUACAAAAUAACAACUGUGGCCAAUAUUUAA